AUGGCCAAUCCCCUCUUAAUCUUCCUUCCCCUCCUCCUCAGCGUCGCCGCCGUGCCUCACGCCGCCGACGCCGACGCCGACGGGACGGACCCCUGCGCAGGCCGGCGGAUCCACAUCCGCGGCCUGCCCCCGCGCUUCAACGCCGACCUCCUCCGCCACUGCGGCGCCGACGCCUUCCCGCUAGCCGACCCGUCCGCGGCGGCCACCUCGGUCCCGCCCUGCGAGUCGCUCGCCAACCACGGGCUCGGGCCUCGAACUAACCCACGCAGCCGGUCUUGGUACCGCACCGACGCGCGGCUCCUGGAGGCCUUCUUCCACCGCCGCAUCCUGGAGCGGGGCUGCCUCGCCGACGACCCGGCCGACGCCGAUGCCGUGUUCCUGCCCUACUACGCGGCUCUCGACGCACUGCCGUACGUGCUCGAUCCAGGCCUGCUCGACGAAUCCGCGCGGCACGGCGUGGCGCUGGCGGAGUUCCUGUCGCGGGACCAGGCGCGGAUCCUGUCUCGCCGGCACGGGCAUGACCAUUUCCUGGUGGUCGCGGGGUCCGCGUGGGACUACGCGCAGCCGCCGAGCGUGGAGCCGAGGCUAUGGGGCUCGACGUCGCUGCUGCGACUGCCGGAGCUGGCCAACUUCACGUUCCUGACCCUGGAGUCCCGCACGUGGCCGUGGCAGGAGCACGCGAUCCCGCACCCGACGUCCUUCCACCCGUCAUCUCUCGGCCACCUCCGCACCUGGCUCGCCCGCGCGCGCCGUUCGCGUCGCGCCACGCUGAUGCUCUUCGCGGGCGGCGCCUCCCGCCCGUCCCGGCCCAACAUCCGGGGCUCCAUCCUCUCCGAGUGCGCGAACCGCACCGACGCGUGCGUCGUCGUUGACUGCUCCGGCGGCAAAUGCGCGCACGACCCAGUCCGGUACAUGCGCCCCAUGCUGCGGUCCAAGUUCUGCCUGCAGCCGCCGGGGGACACGCCGACGCGGCGCUCCACGUUCGACGCCAUCCUCGCCGGCUGCGUGCCCGUGUUCUUCGAGGACCUCGCGGCGCGGAGGCAGUACGGCUGGCACCUGCCCCCAGUGCGGUACGACGAGUUCUCGGUGCACAUGCCCAAGGAGGCCGUGGUGUUCGGCGGCGUCCUAAUCGUGGAGACGCUGGAGGCCGUGCCGGAGGAAGAGGUGCGGAGGAUGCGGCAGCGCGUGCUGGAGAUGGCGCCGAGGGUGGUGUACCGGCGGCACGGGAGCACGCCCGAGCUGAGGGAGGCCGUGAAGGACGCCGUCGACCUCGCCGUGGAUGGCGUGCUGCAGAAGAUCCGGAGGCGGACGCGUGCACUGGAGGACGGACUGCCAGAGAGGAUUUACGCGCUAGAGGAGGGCAGCGUCGACAUAUAG